GAGUAUCAUUACAUCGCUUAGUCGUUCUAAAUAGAAUGACUCCUAUCGUGUCACGGGCUAAUAUUUCCCGUGUUACAAUACCUUAUCAAAGAUGUUUUUCGUUCUAUAAAUUCAUUCGUUCAUUCAUAUUACGCGGGUUAUGAUUACCAACGCCUUUAUCAUUUACUGUCUCCCUUCAUUCUGCUGCCUAAAAGUUAGAUGGAGAACAUGAUGUCAGUCGAUCAGUUUUACAUGGCAAAAGAAGAAAGUUACUCCGUGGUCCGCUGGCCACCCUUAGCCGUGCUAACACCAAGCAGUCCCAUCGCGAUAUCGACAACUGUGUAACAUUAACAUUCAUAUAUCAUCGGUCUAGCGCAUGCAGUACGUGUUAUCGGUCACCUGUUUAUUUGGUCGUUGAGUGAUGCCAUCUAGUCGCUAUGAAGUCGAAAUCAUCUGUUUGAACCAAAGUCUGAUGCUUACGCUUGUUGCCUUAUGCGUGUUGGUAUUGGUGUAUUGUGUACAGUCUGUGACAUUUUUCCUCUUUUAAUCUAGUUGCCGAACUUGGUUAUACCUAUAUGACGCGUGAAUCGAUGCUUGUUCAGCGUUUGAUCGCUGACAACCAACCUGUCCGCCUGAGGUGGCGGUUCGCUCACGUACGGACAACUCAGAUUGGGAACAGUCACUUGAACAGUUCUAGUUAGUCUAACAGCCGCUGUGAUCGAAUUUAUAGCCUUCACUUAAACGUGUUCCUGUACGAGGGGACGGAGAAAUGUAUGCCUGAACGAUCACUUGUUCUUGUGUUUCUUGUGAGUGCCACCGGCUUCGUCCUGUUCUGCGUGCACUCGCCAGGCGACGUGCUAGCUUGACUAGUGCGACGUGCUUCGACUGACUACUAACCCACAAAACUGGUGGCCGACCAAUAAACUUGUGAAGUGAGCUACGCGUUUUGGCGGUUCCCUCUAAUUACUUCACUUCAGCCAAUGUAUGAUCGUGAUGCGUAGUGGUGCGCGUCGUUGCUGUAGGACGCCACGGCGUAAUCAGUGACUCCCACUGCCGCCGCAAAAGAACUAGCUUUUGUAAACUGCUGCCAGGACAGCAGUAGCAGCAAUGAAUUUGUUCACCGAGUCGAUUAAGAAACGACUCUGUCGUUAUGCUCUGCAGAGGUAUCUCGGAAACUAUAUACUUGAGAAGAUUUCUCUUGACCAGCUGAGCCUUGAGUUGUCGUCAAGUAGUGGGGCUGCUGAAAUCACCAAUGUCGAGCUUGAUGUCAAGGGACUGAAUGAGCUCAGUGAGACUCAACACUGGCCAAUACAAUUCAUUGAUGGUUACAUCGAGUCCGUGCGGGUUGAAUUACCAUGGAGUAACAUUCUGUCCGACAACUCGAGGAUUCGAGUUACCGGUUUGAUGCUGACGGUACAGCCUACGUCAUGGGCGGAGGAGGCAUCGUUGUUCGAAAGUAUGUACUCGUCAAUGAUGAGCUCGAAGCAAAUGGCCGAAGAAAUUUUCCGAACUUCCGAACCGGCUUUGGAAACUGAGACACUCACUGGACUGGAUCAAUGCGCGGCGGCGAUUGAAACGAUUUUUAAUCGGGUUAUCGUCUCAUUUACGGACACAAUUUUCCGCGUCGAGCAAAUCAUGCAUGAAGGAGAAAAUCACUUUUGGACAGCUCUGGAAGUGAAAGUGGGCAGCCUAGAAUAUCACGAUGCUCAUGCCUCGAGCGAUAACAAAACUAUGUUGGAAGAGCUGGCAAGCCGCUCAACAAAAAAAGUUAUCCUUAGCGAUGUAGAAUUUCUCGUCGAUAAGUUUAAUGACGCGAAGCGCACUGAGCAAAGUUUGCAUAAGACGUGUGGGCCUUUAUGCGCAACCAACCCCGAAAUAAAGAGCUCGCCAGUUACCGUGGCUUUCUUUAAGGGUCCUCAAGAAGUCGAAAUCUGCGUCAAUCGUAACGACCGGGGAGAUCAUUCAUCCACUCCAAAAAUUGGUGUAAAGGUGACUCUGUCGGAAGUUCCAAUAUAUAUAGAACCACGUCAGAUACUACACUUAACCGCCCUCCUAAAUUCAUUCGCGGGAGCUACAGGUUCAGAUAGCGGAGUUCACCACGAAUCGCCUUGCACAGCAUUUGGUCCAAAAGAUUUUGCUGUGAUAGAGCACGAGCUUCAAACAGAAUUGAACGGACCCUGCCGACUUUCUUCGUUCGAUAGCGUUCCGUCUUUAACCAAUAUAGGCGCUCUGGGAAACACGCAACAUAUGUGGGCUGGCAGGUCUGGCGAUGAGUAUGACGAACAGUAUCUGCCCAUGAACUCGAAUGAUUCGCCGACAACCUCCCAGAUGACAUCGGAUAUCCUCUGCGGAAAUAAGAAAACAAUACAAAGCGAAUUUAGCCUUCAUAUCGGCACAGUUUACAUGGUUAUUUUGGAAAAGCAAAAUAUUAAUGAGGAAAGGGACGAAGCAAAUGAAGCCAACACACUGAGUAAAAACAACAACGGUUACGCAAAGUUCUUCAAAGAGAUUGAUGGGGUGCCCUUGCGUGAUAUAAUAACAGUGACCACUUCGGAAUUUCUACCCGAUAAACAUUUUCGACUUGUCCUUCAUCCAGUCCAGUUAAAGGGCCGUACAUAUUCGUCAUUGAGUCAACGUUUUGUCGAAUUUAAACUUACAAUCUCCAAUGCCGACUUGGUACGCGGCAAAAAGAAUUGGGUCGAGAGUAUUGUUGAAGGUCACCUUAAAGCUGACAACGGAACGAAAGAACAAGGUGGCGGUCCACUACCUUUCCUUCGGCUAAUGGUGAAUCACAGAUACAGCAAUUCAGUUGCGUCGGGUAAGACACCUGUCUCGGAUGUCAAGUGCGAUUUUGGAGUAGUGCAUUUAAAAUAUGAUCGUCUGUUGGAGUUACAACUAUUGGAGAUGUUUGAAACACCUGCCGCAACGUCCGGGAAUAAAAAAUUCGAGGAUCAUUCGGCUAAACCGCAUGCCUUCAACAUUGAAAUCAACUGCCCUCGGUUAAGCUCUGAUCUUCGUUUCCAAGCACUAGAAGUAGCCAAUAUCAGAAAGGAGCUUCGACCUGACGCACUCACUAUUACACUUGAAAAGAUUUAUAUACAGGGAAAUUUCUCAAACGACCUUUUGUGUAACGAACUCAAGAUCUUAUUCCAAUGCGGGUUUGCGGACUACCGCCCGGAUGCAUCCAAAAUAAACGAAGUGAUCCAGUUAGCUAGAGUAUUUUCAGAUCCCGAUGAUAUCGGUUGUGGAGCAGCGUCCAUUAUUAUCAAGGUUAGUUCUACAGAGCGUAACCUUCUACAAGAGAAUCCUUUGAUGGACUCCAUGUGCUCAAUGCCUGUACGUGGUACAGGUUCGAUCGACAUGACCAAGUCUAUGUACGGAAAGUUUAACGAAAGCGGCCCUUUUAAGACACGCAAUGUGGCACCCUCUGAAACCAGUGGGGAAGAAGCAAUACUCGCUGGUGAAAGCAAACUUAUACAAGCGUUCUACGAGCAGUGUCAGAUGAACUCGAAGGUUGUUGUCGACAUAUCCUUACCCACAGUGAUAGUCGAAUUUGCCAAUCGUGAGCUGUUAGAAAUAAUCUAUAAUCGCGUUCUUAUCGAUCUAGCAUAUACACCGAGCUGCGAAGCCUACUUUGCUCCCCCGGAGGCAGCAGAUCUUAAUACUGAGAAAAACCCAUUCCUAGAGCGGAACAGCUUUGAGAGAAGUUAUGCAGGAGAGCAAUUUUUCUACUCGGUGGCUCCUGAGUCCUGUGUCGAAGAUCACAGGUUACGUCUUCUCGAGCAGAAUCUGCUCUGUUUGUCCCUGACGGUGAACAAUGCAUGUGUAUUGGUUGGCCAUGGCUGCGCUGAAAAAAGCGAAUAUUUCUCGUUCCAAAUCAAGCCUCAACAAAUACAGCUUUAUGUGGUCAACGGGUAUCAGGGCGAUGCCAAUGAGGGCUUUGUAAUGCUGCAUGCCACUGAUGUUGAGGUUUAUCAUGAGGCGCACAACGAGAAACCGACAGAGACACAUGAGGAACUCAGCAAAGAUAUGAUGCUACCCAAAAAGGGAACACGAAGGCUGCUUCAAAGGAUUCAUAAGGACACCUUCGGAAAGCUACGUCGCUCAUCUGCUAAUAAUCAACCAAAAAAGGAAAUGCUUUGUUUCGUGCUCAGGAUACGCGCAGAGCCCACCGCACGUAUGAAGAAAAUGACGAUGGCAGUGAGUGUUGAAGAAACGGCAUGGUCUCACGAAAUGACUCCUUCAAGGCAAUUGUGGAUUUUACAGCUAAUGGAACUAGCCACAUUAAGGGACAUGCCUAUUGCUGGGCAUGUUCCCUCGUCUAUCGUUACUGAGCUACACUUCAACCUUGAGAGGUCCAUCAUUGAUUACAGACCCAAUUACAUUCCGUACAGUUUGAUCCUGAGCAUUGAGAACUUCUCUCUGUCAACUAACGUUGUGCCCAAAUCUUCAGCGUCUACCUUGCGACUUAUCUUCGAAAAUACCAGCCUUCUCGUUGCAUGCAAUAUCGACAAGAGGAAGACAGCCGAUAUACUAGAGGAUUACGUAUGUGUGAUCUACGCCGACCUGUUGGACCUUCGAAUCGUGUUAACCGGCUCCUCACACCAAACUCAGUCUUCACCUGAAUGCUCCUUUUCUCCUGGUUCGACAGCAUAUCUCAAGAGUUGUCCUGCACCCGAAACGGAUACCGUCAUCGCUCCUGCUCUGCAGUUCACAGCAUCCAAUAAUGAACUGCAGAUUAGAACGUGUGCAGAUUCAUUACGCGCUCUACAGGCGAUAGCCAUGUAUGUUUCAAAUGAUGGCGAUCUGGUUGCUACCAGGGAGCGAACUCCCAGCGAGCCCCAUAGAAGUUCGUCAGUCAGCUUAGCAAGCAAUAGUCCACCUCAGCAGGGUUUUGAACAGCUUCAGAAUGACGUUCCGUUGUCGCAGGCUUGUCCGACAGCAGCACCUCCGUCCUAUGAUGAUAUAGUUGAGAACAUGGAGGACGCGAUGUCUGAUUCUGAUGACAGAUCCCAUUCCGAUGAGCGACUCUCCCAGUUCAGUUCUUCGUCCAGGUCUCCAUCGUUCGAUCACGGCACGGAUUCGUCACCAGCGGAUAAAACCGUAUUUUAUAGUGCAAGUCAGGAUAAUGAAUUUUUAAUCCUUGAGGAUUUGCCCGGGUCUGGACACCUUAGGGAUAAAACGCAGGAGUCAAUUCGCGUCAUUAAUGGAGACGAGAUCGUAUUGAUCGACAACUACCUCAAGGCUCCAUCAGAAAAAACGGAUCAAUUAAAAGCUCCCAAAGGUUACCCAGACCCAGUGGAAAGCUAUACUUUCCAACAACAGAAGCUCGUAUGGUUUAUUUACGGAGGGACAGAUUUUGGAGAGUCACGCACGGUCAUGGAUCGGAUAACUGAUUUGAAGACGUUAGGAGGGCAGGGUCGAAUGACAAACAAUUAUAUGGAGCUGGCUCUUACGAAGAUCCGUUUCCGACAUGAAUUAUACGCGCCCGGUGAGACGAAAGCCUCAAGGCAGUGUCUCUACAUCAAAGACGUCGAAAUCAUCGAUAAACUGCCUACAUCGGAAGCUAACAAAUUCCUCUACCAGUACAGCAGUGAUUCUUUACCCCGCCAGGCGAAUGCCAACGUUCUGACGUUUAAAAGAUCUCAGAUGGCUCCUGAGAAUGAGUGCUCAAUAUACAUAUCGGUGAAACCCCUUCGGUUGAAUGUCGACCAGGACGCAUUAAUAUUUCUUACGGAUUUCUUCACUGCGGUAACCGGGUCAAUGACAGUCGCGGCCCCAAAUCUUCCUCGAACGCGCUUGGCUUCUCCGGCUGGACAACCUCUUGAGGUUCCAGCCAUGUUUAUUCAGUCAUUUGUUUUCAGUCCCGAUGUGCCUAUCAUAAUUGAUUACCGCGGCAGGCACGUUAAUCUCGAUAACGGUGCUGUCAGUGGACUAAUUAUGGGCUUAGCUAGUUUCUCGUGCAUGGAGCUCACUUUGAAGAAUAUGAAGAAACGCAACGUUAAAGGUUACGACAGGCUAAGAAAAUAUGUCGUGGAUGAAUGGUACAACGACAUAACAAAAAGACAGUUACACAACGUGGCCUAUUCGGUGGGUCCUAUGCAUUCUAUUGUGAAAUUGGUCUCUGGCGUCCGUGAUCUGGUCGUACUACCGGUCGAAUCGUACAGAAAAGAUGGUCAAAUCGUGCGCGGCUUCCAGAAAGGGACGAAGUCGUUUGGUACCAACGCUGCUCUUGCUUUUCUCGAUUUGACAGAACGCGCUGUUAGUACAAUCCAACAAGCAGCUGAACUAGCGUAUAAUCUUCUAUCGCCAACAGCAGGCCAAACAAUAAUGCCACCCGUGUCACAUCAGCCUCUUGAUUUUCGAGAGGGCGUCCACAACGCCUACAUCGUUAUGGCUAACGGUAUCAAGGACACAACACGCACUCUAGCUGCAGCUGCGGCCACUGACACCCGCAAUAGCAAAGGUGUAACGGGAGCAGUUGGUGAAGUUCUCCGCCAGAUACCCCCUGCCAUGGUCAGGCCGAUUAUAGAUGCGACCGUGGCUACCAACAACGUACUCAAUGGAGUUAAAUACCAACUGGUGCCGGAGGCUCGACAAGAAGACUUAGACAAAUGGAAGAAGCCUCACAACGGGAAGAUGAAUUAAAAAGGUUCACUGUAUCCGUACACUUUCGUUGCACACUGAUGUACUUUCGAUAUCGUUAUUGAUUGAUUGCUGUUUCCAUUGUUGUAUGUGGACUUACACAGUAUGUCUACCUACUGUUGAAAAGCUCGUAUCAAGAAUGGGAAAACAAAGUGAGAGACAAUGAUUCAAACAUGGCGUUUUAUUAGGUGCGUGAAAAAUAGUAACAGAAAUAAAGUAUAGGGAGGAAAUAAAAGGAGCGGAGGGAAGGAGCAAGAAGCCAAAACUGACUGGAGGAAAAUAACCUCAUGCAUUGUCAUAUAGUUACUUUAAGUAUAUGACCACUGAGUAAGGAUCUUUGCACCCGAUGGCGCGUGAUGAGUGCUUGUUCUUCUUGUUUUUUUUCAAACAAAAUCGUGUGAUAUUAACAGAGCUGUUUGACACAAGAUUUAGUAGUUAUAAUAGCAUGAAAGCAUUAUUAAUUAUACUAUGUUAUUAUAGUACUUGUCGGAGAAACGAUUAAUUAAAAGAAUUGCGGUCGUAAGCAAAACUCACCAGAAAAGAAGAAAAGAGGACUCAUUAGAGAAGAAGAAUAAAAAUACAAAAUAUAAGAUUCAUUUAUGCUAUGUUUUUAAGGGAGCUAAAAAUGAAUGCAAAAUUAGCUGUGUAUUUGAAGAUGCAAUAAAAUGGCUACGGCCGUUGCUCCAUAGAUGGAAUUCCGUCUAGCAAAAUGAAAAUUAAGCCAUCAGUGGACGGCACGCAAAUUGAUCAUGAAUCACGUUCAAACUAUUAACUAAUUGAUUUAUUUACAUCCGGUCCGCUGAACAUAAAAAUAAAUUUGUAGUCUUAGUCUGCGCCGGGCCCCUUUCCACUCUGCGUGAAUGCCUAUGUUCUUUGUAAUACCCGCCGUGUUUUACAAAAAAAAAAAAAGAAUAAACUAAGAAAGAGAGGAAAAA